UGAAUAACAUCAGAAACAUAAAGGAGAAGCUGAGCAUACCAACUGGAAGCAGAAAUGUGUCUACCAGCGGCUACUCCAGCUUCACAGACUCACAGCUUUUCUUCGGGUCUCAGUUUUGGCCUGAAAAUUCUCAAAGCAUGUCUCAAGAAAUGAGUUUGUCAUCCAGGAACUCCCAACAAAGUUCACAGGAGGGAAGUGACCCCAAGUUUAUAAGCAGUUAUCACACCAAACCUUUCUUGUUUGGAGAAUUAAAGGACAAGAGCAAAGCUUUGGGGAUACUCGAUAAGUUUGAAGAGGACAAGAAAAGGGCAAAAGAACAAACUGACAGUGAUAUUUUAGCCAAAGAAUGUAAUCACUUUCGAGAAACCCUCAACAAUAUCCAACAACUGGUCGCUGGCACUGAGAAAAAUACUUAUGUGUGCCAAACGGUCCUUCAAAAAUUUGACAGUUUUUCGUCAACAAUGCAAACUAAUAUCAACAGUCUUCAGAUUGACAUUUCCCAGCAGUUUGAGGCUUUACUGACUAAAGUGAACUCCCAGAAAGAGCUGAUGGCUGAACUCGAAGACAAGAUGCAAAAGGCUUGUUACACCACGGUGGCAUUUGGUUCAAAUCUGCAAGGCUUAAAGGAUGAUCUGGGUUGUCUGAGAGAGGAGCAGGAGAGAGAGCGAAACAUGCUGGAAGAGGCUCUGAAGCUGCUCAGCACCUUAGUCUCAGAGCACUCAGCCAAAGCCAGCUCUGAGAGGGUGACGGACAGUGCCAACCAGACAUCACCAGAGCUCGAACAGUCUUUCUCCAACAUCCUACAGGAGAACAAGCUUGAAGGCACACAGCUAAUAUGCAAGUCAUACAACCGUGAGCGCAAUCAGGCUCAAGUUCCCCCUCAGGGUGGCAUCAUAGGAAAGAGGAAAGUCCCUCAGAGAGGCCAGAGGAAGUGCAGAAAGAGGCCGCUUGUGCUCUCACAGAGGAGUAAGGGCACUGUCACAAAUGAAAACAGUCAACCACUCAAAGGACAACAUGUUACUACACCUCGAUGUGAGCGUCGUGAUCCGAACAUGGUACCAAGACGGGACCAUCUCGUUCUGGAACGUCGAAUACUGCCAACCAGGAAGGUGAGAUCAAUAGCUGAAGGGUGUUACAUCACCCCACUCAGCUGCUGGUCUCAGGACAGCAACAGUUCCAUCUUCGCGAAACCCUCGGCUGAGUCCAAAGCGGUGACCCCAGUGAGACCCGAAGGCCUCUGGCAGCUGUUUGAUAUAGAUGGGAGUUCUGAUUUAGGCUAUUAGAGGAGGAGUAAAAGAGUAUGAAGCGUAACAUUUUUGUUAUUUUCAGAGUAAAAGCCUGAAAUGUGUGUUGUUCUAAUUAUCCUUACUCUGGACCUAUUAUACUAGUUGUAAAGUUUUUCAGUUUGUUUAAUGUUCAAAAAGCUGUAGAGGGAUGUAAAAAGGUACUAAUAAAUAAGUUAAGAAAUGACUAACCUACAAAUACAUCUUUAAACUUAUUUCUGCUGAGAUAUGUAUUUGAUUAAUAACUAAUGUAUUCUGUACUUACACUUCUGAGUACACAAUGUAAAUAAACAAACAACUGUAUUCAAAUAAACAAACGUUUUCCAUAA